UCGAGGAGUGUCAACAAACAGCUGAUUUUCCAGCUGAUUUUGUGACGGAAAAUUAUCUCCGUGUUUUUGGCGUCUCACUCUUCAAGAUGUCGGGCAGAGUGCGCACCAGAGUGGACCGUGGGACUGGGGAGAUUGUAGCUUAUAGUGAUGCUGCUGUCCGUAAUAAUUUGGCUGUGAUUGAGUACUGUAGAACGUCAAUGGCCGCAUUGUCUGGAGCUACAGCAGGUAUGCUGGGCUUGACUGGCCUGUAUGGCUUCCUGUUCUUCUUCCUGGCUGGUCUCAUACUGUGGCUGAUGCUGCUUUUGAAAGCGGGGUCAAAAUGGCAGCAGUAUUUUGUCAGUCGACAGUCUCUUCUCACCAGUGGCCUCUUUUCUGGCCUGUUCACCUAUAUUCUGUGCUGGACCUUUUUGUAUGGAAUGGUUCAUGUAUAUUGAGUACUUUUCCAAUAUUUUGUUUUUUUAAGUGGACUGGAAAUUGUGAAAGCAGCGUUUAUAGAAUGUUAUAUUUGCAAAGCAUCUGUUUGUCUGGAUGAAUGUGAACAAAUGACCAAUUUGGAAAACUGAUAAUGCUAAGAAUAAAGAUAUAAAUAAUAUGAAUGAA